CCACCAGUCCAUGCGGCUCGGAUUAAGCAGCCAUGCCUGGUUCUUCCGGUUAAGCUGCUUUACGAGCCAACUCGGCGUGUCAUCGAGCCCAUCAUCCUGCCACUUCUGCUCACCGACAUUUUCCCCCGGAGUCCCGUUGCUCUCCUCCCGGAUCCCCGCCAUGCAGCCCGCUAGAGCCGCAGCCUGCGGCGGCUGCCAGGGCGAGAUCUGCGGGGACAGGACCGCCCGCCCCGGGAACAACAUCCCCGCCGUGGCGGAGCGGGCGCUCUUGAGCGUGAACGAGAGGAGGACCCGGACCCCGAGCCCGCUCCUGGAGGCCAGCAACGAUGACGACUCGGAGGCAGAGUCUUUCCGGGAUGGGAGAAGCGAGGAGGUGGACCGGGACACCCGGGGCCGGGCCUUCGCCUGGUGCCGGGACUUUCUGUCCGGGUCGUGGAGGACUCUCCCCGAGGCGCACUUCCACAUCAGCAUCGUGAGUGGCGGGCUGAGUAAUCUACUGUACCUGUGCAGGUUACCUGACCACGUACACUGCGUGGGAGAGGAACCUCGCCAGGUGCUCCUCAGAGUCUAUGGGGCCAUCUUACAGGGCGUGGACUCCCUGGUACUGGAGAGUGUGAUGUUUGCCAUUUUGGCAGAACGAGCCUUGGGGCCAAAACUUUAUGGCAUCUUUCCAGAGGGACGCUUGGAGCAGUACCUACCGAACACUCGAAUGCGCACAGAUCAGCUGUCAGAUCCGGCCAUCUCUGCUGAGAUUGCCACCAAGCUGGCACGCUUCCAUGAAAUGGUUAUGCCCUUCAACAAGGAGCCAAAGUGGCUGUUUGGGACCAUUGAUAAAUACAUGGAUCAGGUGAUGAAGAUUAAUUUUGUGCGUGAAGCACAUCUGAAGAAGUACAAGAAGCUGAUGAAGCUGAACCUGCCCGCUGAGCUGGAGAGUCUCCGCGCGCUGCUGGCAGCGACGCCAUCGCCAGUGGUGUUUUGCCACAAUGAUGUCCAAGAAGGAAACAUCCUGAUGCUGGAAGACCGGGACCACACCUCAACAGAGAAACUCAUGCUCAUAGACUUUGAGUACAGCAGCUACAACUACAGGGGUUUUGACUUCGGGAACCAUUUCUGUGAGUGGGUGUAUGAUUACACGUACAACGAGUGGCCGUUCUACAAAGCCACGCCGAGUAACUUUCCUACCAGAGAGCAGCAGCUCAUUUUUAUAAGAAGUUAUUUGGCAGAACAAAUAAGACACUCUGAAAGCACGGUGGACCAAACACAAGUCGAAGAGAACAUGAUAAUCGAGGCAAACAGAUAUGCGUUAGCCUCGCACUUCCUGUGGGGGUUGUGGUCCAUCAUUCAGGCUAAGUUAUCCAAGAUUGAGUUUGGAUACAUGGAUUAUGCCCAGAGCCGUUUCGAUUCCUACUUCAAGCAGAAAAAGCUCUUCUCUUGAAAUCCAGCCCGUUGAUCAGAACACAUCUCCAGAUCCGCUUCGGCCAUUCUUCAUUUAAUUUAAUGUGCGUAUGAUGGUUUUUUUAUCAGGUAUUGUUGAGUUGGAGCUAAAAACUCUUGAGUAGGGAUUGGCAUUGGAGGGCUGCUGGCAAUUGUGUUUCAGCCCCUUUAUUUUACAACAGUCUUUCUUUUUUUUUUUUUUUUUAAACCUCUGUUCUUCGGACCACUUUGUAAUAUCGGCCCUCGCCAUGUUUUCUGUGCACAUCAGAAGUCGAUAAUCGCCUGUGAGGUUAUGUCGCAUCAUGUCCAAUUGCCACAUCUACCGGUACUGUAACAGUUAUUUUUGGGAGCUAAUACAUUACUAAAAGUUGAGAGCAGGGUGCUUCUAUGUAACUUACAUUUGCAUUUUUUUGGUCUUUCUACCUCAAUUUCACUUUUCACUUCUUUUUUUUUUUUUAAUGGUAACUGGCCGUUCAUUUAAACAAAUUUCAUCAGGACCUAUUGUAACCAGUGAGGAAAUAACUGAUAUUGCUGCUUUGUCAUCACUCCAGAUGUUCUCCCGUCACAGGCCGUUUUACUUUCUAUGGUUUAGAAGUUGAAGGUAAAUAUAAUGAGGGUUGUUUACUAAAAUAUCACUGUGCUUAACAAAACAGUGAAUGCAACCAGAAGAACACUCGGCAGAUCUCGGAGGUUUUCAUACUUCAGCUCAUCACCACUUUGCGACCUGUUGUGUUUACGUCUUUUUCUUUUUUCACUCAUUACGUCAUUUUCUGCCGUCAUACAAAUCUUUUUCUUUUUUUUUUGACUGUUUAAGGCUGAAUACAGACAUGUAAAUCUCCAUGUCACAACAUCAGACCUUUUCUGUUUUACUGUAACUCAUUUGACUGUAAAGAAGAACUUUUCACUGUUUGCAGAAACUUUGAUUUUCAAUUUUAUUUAUUUAAACAGUCUCCUCUUAUAGCAAUGAAUGUAAUCGCAAUGUUUAAGAAAUUCUUUAUAGCCCGGUUUAUUUAUAACUUCGUUAGUCUGCUAUGGGGAAAAAACAAUAGCGACUUAAACUGUUUUUAAAGCUGUGCUAAUUUAUUGUAAUGUCAUCCUUUUACCGCUUGUCAGGAUCUUCUUGGCCUUUUUCUUUUUUCACUUUUAAAGCCAUUAAAAGGUUUGUGCUUGGAGACUGAAUCACAA